AUGUCUCUUUGGACAAAACCCGCCGUGCCAGAUGCCCCUCCUCCAAAGGGUGUAGCUGAUGUGGCAGAUACUGGUCUUGCAGAUGUAGGUCUGCCUGCACCUGUACCAGUCUCCCAAGCUUCUACCGGUGCUUCUACAGCACGUCCGCAACUUGCGCGGAACCAACCUCAACCUCCUCCACCGCAUCAGCCCCCACCGCCACCUGCACCACAGCAGAUGGUUGGGAAUCCGAACGAUUCGCUCUCCUUAAUGCAACUGAAAAAACUUGUCACCGAAUUUCCAAAGGUCGAUCCUAUGUCAUACACUUUUACAUAUGCCGACACAGCAACAUAUGAAGAAGAGGUGGACGAGUGGUUUUCGUACAACGACGCAGAGUUCAAGAGAUUACACAGAGCGAAGGAUACUUUUCAGAGAAGAUGGAAGAAAUUUUCUGCGAAAACUUGGGCCGAAGCUGAUAGAGAGGAACAGCUGAAGUUCGUGAAUAAGGAAGUUCAGGGUCUACAUGCUACUGAUUUACGAAGGAGAUGCAAAAGCCUACAAACUUUAUUACAUGUUAUACUGGGAAUUUGGGAUGAGAAUGCCGGAAAGAAGGAGGAAUUGGAGAUUAUGCAUUCGAGUGACACAAAAGGGAGAACAAAAGCGGCCCCUUCUCAAGUCGAAAGUAUGAAGGCCGGAGUCUCUCUUCUUUCAGAGAGUGGUGGAAUCGAAAUGAUUUACGGUGUGAUGCAGACCGCUUUCAAGCAUCUAUGGGAUGACGAAUUUCGAGAAACAAAGAUAACGGAAGAUGAUAUACCAUUUGUGCAGGAUGAACUCGACAAUGUCAUGACUAUCUUUUAUUUGACCAUAGAGGGCGUUCGUUGCCAUCCAGAAUCUUUAGAUGUUGCAAAGAAGACUUUACUGGACUUGCAGCCAAGUAUUGUACAUUAUCUAUUGACGAUUUCUGGAAAAUUACGAUGGGACGAGGCAAACGAAUUACCACAAACACGAGUCAGUAUUCCAAGUAUCAGAAAGUCCAUUAGCUUAUUUCCAUAUCCACAGAUCUUCCUCCUCUUCUGGAAAUCCAUAUUGUUUGUUUUUGGAGGCACCGAGGAAAUCGAUAAAGUUAAAAGAGCAACCGAUGAACUGGCCAACACUGGUGGUGAGAAGAUAAUUACCGCCUCACCACUUGACUAUCACAUCUUUCGUCAAGAAAUUACUUCGAAGUAUCCCGCAUACAUCCCUCCAGAACCUUUAAUACCCCUUGAGCCCGAUAAUAACUCAAUACUCCCGCCAUUACCGAAUCGACCAAGCCGAGCCAGCACAACUGGUAUCCUGAAUCCUCCAACAAAUGUCAAUAGCAGUGGAGCUUCAAUCCUUCAUCAGCCAGUUCACAUAGCUACGCCUGCCCCAUCGCCACCUCCUUCACCACCAGUCGGAGGCAAAGCAGGCAAGAAACAAAACUAUCAAACAAAUCAAAACUUCCCAUUUAUGUACCCACCACUUGACAGCACUAGCAAUAGUGCAGGUGGAAAAGGCACAGCAGGGCUACAGGAUCUUCUUGUGGGUCGUAAAUGGGAAGGGAGUGACAUUCCCAAGUCAAUACUAGAAGCCGGUGAACUAUUUGCAGGCAGAAUGCGGAUGACUAGAGCGAUGCGUCAAUUGUGGGAUGAACGAGAACGUUUCUUGAGAUUUGAACGUGGGUGGGAUGACAGAGAUGAUGAGGAUAUUGAAGAGCUUGAUCUCGAUCACAUUUUGGCUGAUGGGCUCAAACCUCAAAAGCUAAGGUCACCAAAAGUAGAAGUUGACUACGGACCACGAAAAGAUAUCAGUGAUGAAGUAAAGGAGAAACUGGACUUGAUAGAGUCUUUCUAUAUGUUCGCCCAUCAAGAGAUAGAUAGAAUCGUGGACAGCAGAAUAGAUCGUGAAGACUUGAGCUUCUUCGCGUUUUGUAACGGUAAUAGUAAACAUGCAUCAGUCACCACCGAAGAAGAAAGUGAAGACGAUGCCGCUCCGCCUCCAAUCAAACUACAGCGGGAUAAUGCCGCAAGCAAUAUCGAUGAUCAACUUCCCGCGCUAUCUUUUCAAGAAGGUCAACAUGCAGCUCGUCGAGAUACAGAAGUCGAUGAACUUGGCAUUCCGACGACUGAGGUUAUUUCGCAACCUAUCACUGAAUUCUCCUGGCGCAACUUUUUCUCAUCUAUAAACUUUCUUCGCAUCAUGCAAAAAAUCUGUAAGAACAAAGCCCAUCGGAAUUUACUACUCGUUCAAUAUAAAUCAUCCAAUAUCCUCAAAAAGUCUUUCAAAAUACCCCAGCCUGAGCUGCGCCUUUAUACUCUCAAAUUGUUCAAAAACCAAGUUCCAUACUGUGGUCGUAAAUGGAGACAGGGAAACAUGAGAGUUAUUACGGCAGUAUACUUACAUUGUAGACCCGAAUUGAGGGAUGACUGGUUGGCAGGUAGUGAUGUGGAUGCUGAAGUUGAGGAAGCAUUGCCACUGGAACAGGCAUUGAGAGCAUUGACACAUUGGUUUAACCUGAGGAGAUAUCCGGAAAGAAUGGGUGCAGAUACCAAGUUAUUGCAAGAAGAACACGAUUUUUUCACUAGAGAGUUGGACGGGAUGGAGAUUGGAUUGGAGGAAAUGAGUAUGGGAAAUGGGGAGGAAAGUAUGGAUGGCAGCAUGUGGGGCGACGGGAGUAGCGGUUGGUGA